AUGAUGGUGACUGGGAUGUUGUGGCAGAUAGUGCUGCUGUCCCUCCUGGGGACUACGAGGGCUGAUCCUGAGUCAUCGUGCUCGGGCCUUUGUGGACAGAGACCAUUUUUCAAGACAUCUGGCCCUCAGAUCAUUGGGGGCACGGACGCAAGCCCAGGUUCUUGGCCCUGGAUAGUCAGUUUACAGAUACAGUAUUGGAAUGGCAAGUAUAGGUACCACAUGUGUGGGGGCACCCUCAUAUCUCCAACUUGGGUUCUCACUGCUGCCCACUGCUUCAAUAAAAAUGAAACUAACUACGAUAGAUGGCGGCUGUUGAUUGGCGCAUUGAAGAUUGACAUCGGUUGGACCCACCGCCCCUUGGACUCCACAGUGCAGGAGCGAAAGCCCAUCAAGAUGAUAGCACAUGAACAUUACAAUAAAGAGCUUAAUAAAAAUGACAUUGCACUGAUCGAGAUGGACAGACCGAUAGAGUGUGGGGACCUGGUCCGUAUUGCCUGCCUGCCUCGGGCUAAGGAGCCCACAGUCACGCCUCAGUCGAAGUGUGCCAUUGGUGGCUGGAGGCGCAUAUCGGAAGAAUCGUUUAUGCCACAUCCCAUGCUACAGGAAGCCGAAGUUGACCUGCUUGAUACGAGGUUGUGCAACAGAACCCGCUGGUAUUAUGGGAGGGUUCACCAGAGCAACCUUUGUGCUGGCUACUGGAGUGGAAAGGUCAACACUUGCCAAGGGGACAGCGGGGGGCCGCUCAUGUGUAAAGACGCCUACAGCGGCACCUUCCUGUUGGUCGGCAUCACGAGCUGGGGGGCUAGCUGCGGCCGCACCUUUCGGCCAGGCAUCUACACGUCCACCUGGCACUUUCUGGACUGGAUCACCUCCAAGGUUGGGUCGGCCACUGUCUUUACUGAACUACCUGCUCGGACCACGAUCCCGACUGUUCCUAAGACCACAACUGUGAAACCUACCCGUCCCCGUCCGCCGCCCUGGACCUGGAUCUGGACCCCAAGGUCCUGGGCUGAUCUACCCUGGUGGAUAAGGACCAGCCCCCCUCCGCUGUGGACCACUCGUCUGAAGACCAAGGGUGCUUUACCCCAGAUGUGGCCCAAGAACGACCAGCCCUGGCCCCCAGGCCGUCCCUUAACUGGCUCACUCACGUACACGGCUCUCCAGCCCUGGAUGUCCAAUCCUGUGAUGGUCAAGGCCCAAGUUCUGGGCCCCAGCCAGGCCUUAUCCCUCACACUCUCCUUCCCUAAGCGCUCGAAGUUGCUAAUGGACUCCAUGAAGAGCAACAACAUCAUAUAG